UCGGCAGGCAGGCAGUAUGGAAGUAAGAAGAGGUGCCUUUCUGUCUGUAGUGGCUUUAUUAGUGCUAACCGCUUUGGUGCGAGCUAUUGGAGAAGAGAAACCUCGGCGACUGGUUUGCCACUAUACAACUUGGUCGCAGGGCCGCGCAGGAGAUGCUUCCUACCGCGUUGAGGAUGUCCCUGGACAGCUGUGCACUCAUGUGGUGUACAAUUUCAUUGGCAUCGAUGAGGAUACUUACGAACUAACGCCGCUACAGCGCGAGAUCGACAUAGUUCAGAACGGGUUCGGCCGUUUUGUAGAUCUGAAGAAGAAAUUCCCGCAUCUACGUGUCUCUAUCGCUGUUGGGGGUUGGGCCCAUGGUGGUGAAAAGUUCAGUCGAAUGGCAGCAUUUAGACGGCGACGACAGGCAUUCGUAGUGAGCGUGGUUAGAUUUCUAGAACAGUACGGCUUCGACGGGUUGGAACUCGCGUGGUUGUAUCCGGGAAAUCCGGAGCGUGGAGGCACUGUUACUGAUAAGGAUAACUUUAUUUACUUGGCGGAGGAAUUGACAAAAGCGUUCCGAAAAAUCGGACGAGGCUGGGAACUUGCCAUCCAGGUGCCGGCUGAUAAGUCAAGACUCGGGAUCGGAUACGAGAUCGACGCGCUGUGCGAUGCCACAGAUUACGUUCACCUGAUCGGGUAUGAUAUGCGAGGGUCGUGGAAUAACUUUGCGGACGUGCACAGUCCAAUGGCGGAUCGAUCACAUGAUCAGGGCAGUUUUCGUGGAAUCAACGUUCGGGAAGGCGUUCAACAGUGGCUCUCGAAGGGGUGUUCUCCUAGCAAAAUAAUUCUCGGAGUGCCAAUGCUCGGUAGGACGUACAUUCUGGCGAGUUCUCAAGAAAAUAGCAUCGGUUCCCGAACAACAGGACCGGGCCCAGCCGGUCGCUACACUCAUGAGCCCGGUUAUCUAGGUUAUUUUGAAAUUUGUCUCAAGUUCAAAGAUGCACGUUCCAAAUGGCGCCAGUUGUGGGAUGAGGUGGGACUCUGUCCGUACGCCUAUCAGGGUCGUGAAUGGAUUGGCUAUGAAAAUGAGCGAUCUCUACAGGAAAAGGUCCAGUUCGUUAAAGAGAAACAACUGGCUGGUAUGUAUGCAUUUUCACUGGACCUGGAUGACUACCGGGGUGACUGCGGCGAGGAACUCUAUCCGCUCCACAAAGAACUGUACAAGUAUAUUGAGGAGACAAAAACGGACAGUGAUAUAACGUCUGGUAUUGACCGGCCAUGGUCUGACAAAUGAAACGAAUAAAUGUGUGAUUAUUCUGUUUACAACGCAAAA